AUGAACACGCCGGAGGCGCCCGUGUUAGCCCCGGACCCGGACCCGGCCCCCGCCCCGGCCCGCCUCUCUCCUCAAGCUUCCCUGACGGAUAAAGACCCGGACCCUGAACUGGUACCACCGCCGGCCGAUGGGGAUGAGCCGCCCCGCUUGUCCCCAGAUCCCAAGGCCGGUUCAGCUGGUUCCCAGGAGACGGGAGAGGGAGGCUCAGCUUCUAUCUCCGCUUCCCCGGAAACGGGGUUCGGUACUCCUAGGGAGCCGAGCCCUCCAGUCGAGAAGCCAGAACUUUCUGAGAAUGUGAGCCCUCCUGCAGAAGAGCCGGACAGGCCGGAGCUGGGGCCCGGAGAGCCCACAGCAGGUGUGUCUGAGGAAGCUCCUCCGGAGGAUGAGGGAUUCAGCACCUGGAGCUAUAGCUUCUCCCAGCUACCUCGAUUUCUCAGUGGUUCCUGGUCGGAGUUCAGCACCCAGCCCGAGAACUUCUUGAAGGGCUGUAAGUGGGCCCCUGAUGGUUCCUGCAUCUUGACCAACAGUGCUGAUAACAUCCUGCGUAUUUAUAACCUGCCCCCAGAGCUGUACAAUGAGGGGGAACAGCUGGAAUAUGCAGAAAUGGCCCCCGUCCUUCGAAUGGUGGAAGGUGACACCAUCUACGAUUACUGCUGGUAUUCGCUGAUGUCUUCAGCCGAGCCAGACACCUCCUACCUGCUCGAGGCAGACGGGACAGGGGAGGCACUGGUUCCCUGCACGUGGAACAAGAGACAGAGAUCAAAAAAGCAGGGCCAGAGUGGCAUCAUCUCCUGCAUAGCCUUCAGCCCAGCCCAGCCGCUCUAUGCCUGUGGCUCCUACGGCCGUUCCCUGGGUCUGUAUGCCUGUGACGACGGCUCCCCUCUUGCCUUGCUGGGAGGACACCAAGGAGGCGUCACUCACCUUUGCUUUCACCCCGACGGCAACCGCUUCUUCUCAGGAGCCCGCAAGGAUGCUGAGCUUCUGUGCUGGGAUCUCCGGCAGCCCGGUCAUCCACUGUGGUCCCUGAGUCGAGAGGUGACCACCAAUCAGCGCGUCUACUUCGAUCUGGACCCGACUGGGCAGUUCUUAGUGAGCGGAAGCACCAACGGGGCGGUGUCCGUGUGGGACACCAGCGGGGCCGGACGCGAGGGGAAGCCGGAGCCAGUGCUGAGUUUUCUGCCCCAGAAGGACUGCACCAACGGAGUGAGCCUGCACCCCAGCCUGCCAUUGCUGGCCACCGCGUCAGGUCAGCGCGUGUUUCCGGAGCCCACGGACAGUGAGGACGAAGGGGAGCAGCGGGGGGACCUUCCUCUGCUUUCCAUGCGCCACGUCCGCUUUGAAAGUCAGCUUCAGCUCUGGUGGUGUGGGGGGGGCCCGGACACCGGGGUCGCUGACGCUCACCGGGACGGGCAGGGACAGGGAGGGACAGAGGAAGGUGGGGGCGAGUUGAUAUAA